AUGACCAAGAGGCCCCAGUCAGAGAUUCGCAGCCCCCUCCAUCCAGAGGUGGGGGACCCCCCGGCCGAGGCUACCGCGGUGGCCCUCGAUCCUUCACAGCGAGCCCCAGAACUCGUGGUGGUCAUCGACCAUAAAGUUCCCCCGCCCCGCUUACCCUAUCUUGACCGUAUUAACAUCCUGCUAGCUACCUUUCUGCCCAUGUGA